CCCGGGGAUGUGGGAUGGAUUAAAUUAAGCACUCCCUCUACCCGUGCGCCUAUCCAUCCCUCCAUCCUCCCUCUCUCUCUCCCUCCCUCCUCUCUAGGUAUAAAUACCAACAGCUGAUCGGGAGACGGCACACUCACGGGCACACCUCGCUGCUGAAGCCGCAGAAAGAGAGAGACGAGGGGAAGAGAGAGAGAGAAGAGAGAGAGAGAGAGACGAGGGGAUGCUGCUGCUGCUGCUGAUCCGUCCGAGCGCAGGGAUUCUUCACCCACUAACCGGGAAUUAAUCAGGACUAUUUCCGCUGCAAAACACGGGGACGUUUUUCUUCUUCUUCUUCUUGUUUUUGAUUUGCUGGGAAAAGCUUUCAGUUUUCUCCUGCUCUUAUCCUUCGCAUCCCUCCCUUCCUCCUCCUCCUCUUCCUCCUCUUCUUUUAAAGAGGCCCGAGCGCGCAGCGGGGUGCCUUCCAUCGCUUUUCUUGGGGUUUUUGUUCUUGUUGUUGUUUGGGUUUUAAUUUUUCUGCCCCCCGUUUUUGCGCGCUCCUGAACCGAGAGCGCACAGAAGCACGAGGCUCCGACCCCCCGGAGGGAGCUGUCCGGUGCUGAAGUUGCAUUUCUUCCCUCCUCUUCCGUGCGCAAAAAGGACUAAAAAAAAAAAGAAAAAGAAGAAGAAGCGGGCAGACGGAGGACACGCAGAAAAGCGAAGAGGAAUCAAAUCCCAGCUUCAUCCAAAAACCUGAAGACAAUCCUCCCUCUUCCUCCGGUUCUCCGGUCCGUCCGUCCGUCUGCGCGGUGUGUCACGGCCGGAUCAGCACGCUGGCCAGGCCGUCGGCGAUCGGCUGAGUGUGUGUGUGUCGCUGUGUUUGUGGAGAGCGUGCGUGCGUGUGCGUGUGUGUGUGUCGUCGUGUUGCGUGCGUGUGUCGGCGUGUCACCACCAUGCCAAGGUCUUUCCUGGUGAAAAAGGUGAAACUGGAUGAUUUCUCCACCGGGGCGGAUUUGGAGAACGCCUACCGGCACCGGACAGACCUGAGCCUGCGGCUGCAUGACAAAGCUGGCUACAUCAGUGACUACAUCAGCCCGGUGGUGUACGAUGGUGAGAGUGACGGCGGCAUCAAGGUCCCGUCUCCCGAUCCCCUCUACGAUGGCAUCCACAGCGACUACGGGGCUCCGGACUCGGAGUCUCCCGACAGCCCCGGCUCCGAGAUCGCCGACGGCUACAUCAACGGAGACGCCGCCGUGAGCGAGGGGUACACGGUGGACGCCUUCUUCAUCACCGACGGCCGCUCGAGGAGGAAAGCCCUGAGCAGCCCGCGCAGCAUCCAGAGGCACACCUGCAACGAGUGCGGCAAAACCUACGCCACGUCUUCCAACCUGAGCCGGCACAAACAGACACACCGCUCGCUGGACAGCAAGCUGGCAAAGAAGUGCCCGACCUGCGGGAAGGUGUACGUGUCCAUGCCCGCCAUGGCCAUGCACCUGCUCACGCACGACCUCAAGCACAAGUGUGACGUGUGCGGGAAGGCGUUCAGCCGGCCGUGGCUCUUACAGGGCCACAUGCGCUCCCACACGGGCGAGAAGCCGUUCGGUUGCGCCCACUGCGGGAAGGCCUUCGCCGACCGCUCGAACCUGCGCGCUCACAUGCAGACCCACUCGGCCUUCAAACACUUCAAGUGCAAACGCUGCAACAAGACCUUCGCGCUCAAGAGUUACCUGAACAAGCACUAUGAGUCCGCCUGCUUCAAAGGCCCCUUCUCCCCCCUCGGCCCUCUAGAUGCAUGACCCCGCUGCAUAGACGAAAGCAGAACUGCAGACGCGAAUUACCCUUAAAGACUGAACUGCAGACACAAACGGUAUAUUUUUUCGGUCAGAAAACGACCUCGCUUUCCCUCCUCACCCCUUCCUCCCCUCCUUUCCUCCCUUGGAGUCUACACCCUCCGAUGAUGAUUAUGAUGAAGAUAGCACAAUUUUUCUCCUUGAGAUUUGCCCACUUAAGGAUUUAACUGAAUCGACGCAUGCACUUCCUGAAAAAAAAAAAAAAAAACACUCCUCACCUCCUCUUCCUCUGUCACUUCAGGACAGAGACACUAACAUGGCUUCCUCCUGGCAUCUAGACACAGUUUGACUCCGUAUAUCUCGGGACAGUGAUGAUGAUGAGGAUGAUGACAAAGACAAUAGCGAGCCUCUAGCUACUAGUUUCCUCCCUGCACUGAAGCGCAGUGAAAGAGUUUUUUUCAUUCUGAUUUUGUUUCUUUCGGGGGAAUAAUAGUAAUAAUUAUAGUAAUAAUAAUGAUAAUAAUAAUGCUCUGCUGCACCAAGUGACCAUAUUCUCUCCACUACUGAGGUAAAAAUACUAUUUAUUUAUUUAUUUAUGUACUUAUUUAUUUAUGUACUUAUUUAUUUCAGCAUUUUUUCCCUUUCUUUUUAAUUUAAUGUAUGUUUAUACUUGGUUUGAUAACGACGAAGUGAUACGGUUUAUUUGUUGCACUUUAAUUUCUGUAUAUGUAUGUAGGAUAUUUGCCAACCUCUUUUUACCACUACAGGCCAAAGCAUAUGUCACUUUUUUGAGUACUACUUUUUCCUAUUAUGUUGUUUACUUUUUUUUUCUUAUUAUUGCAUGCAAAAAAAAAAUAACGAAAACCUAUGCCAACAUCAUAAAAAGCUUAUGAUUUUUUGCCAAAAUCCUAUAGAUAGAACCCGAGGGCAAUAUUUUUCUCUUGGAGCCUCCAUAGGACUCUUUAAAAAGCAAUAAUCACCUAAUGCAUGGUAUUUUAUGAUGAAGUUAUGAAGUAUUACCUACUACUGUAUAGCAGUUUAAAAAUCAGGUAUGUUUUACUUCACCUAUAGUCAUAAACAGAAGAAUACUAAUAUUACAGACAUCAGGGAACAUGCCAAUGUAGUGUUAGAGUAACGAAAAGAAAAGUCCUGUCUUUCCUCUCUUGUUAUGCACUGCCUGCCUCUUAGUGAGUAGAACUAAAGUAGGAUGUAGGCUAGAGAGGCUGGGAUCAGCUGCCUGCUGGGUGUGAGGCCUAUUGGAGGAUAAACACUGUACGAGGCUGAUGGAGCUGCGCUAAAAAAGCUGCUGACAACAACCAGGAGAGGCCUCAGACUGGAUCAUUAGGUAAUUCAUUCAGACUCUGGGGUUUACUGAAGGCUGUGAGAUACUGAAAGGUACCUUGAGUCAUGCAGACAAGUAAUGUGAUGACAGACGGUUUAACACUGCAGGAACUUGCGAGUUGUUUUAGGCCAAUUUUGACCUUUGAACUGGCCCUGUAGAAACAAUUUUCUGGGCCAUUUUGAUUGGCGAAAACAUAUCUACUGCAAGGUCGGUACUUUUAAGUAUCCCUGAAACAGCCCUGAUGCUAAUUUGUUGACGUCAGAAAGGACAGCAACCAUAUGCGCCAUUUUUUUUCUCGUCUCUCAAUGUCCAAAUUGACAUUUUUACUCAACAACGUAAAAUUAGCCAAACAGACCAACAGAACAAACCUCCAAUGUUCCUACGUGCCCAAGGAACUGGAGUUCAGUAAUUAUUAUUCAUCUUGGUGUAUUUGGAGUCAACGUAGAAGUCAAAGUGUUCAGAUCCUACACUACAACAGAAACAGAAAGCUUGAAAGCGGUGCCGGUAUAAACAGUGUGAUCUGACUGAAAGAACCGGGAGAAAAAGUUCCCACUUCAGGGUCGAUAAUUCUUACCAUUCGAAAAGCUACAAUGUAGACCUUGACAUCCAAUUGUUUAAACUCGGAUAGAAAAAUAUGCACCAUUUUUUCUGGCACUUAAAAUGGUCUAACAAAACAAAUCCUCUUUUACUGUUUCCUACAUGCUCAUAGAACUGGAGUUCAUCCAGUAGCUACCAUUUGUAGUUGUUUUGGUGCAUUCAGAGUUAAUGCUGCCGUUAAAACUGUUGGUUCUUACACGACAGUGGAGGCAGAAAGCCUAAUAAGGGGGUAAUUCUGCAAAUGUUGGUCCCACCAAUUUGCAUGACCUCACAACAAGAAAACCCCCCGUAGAACCUCUUCAAGGGCAAUUCCUGCGGUCAAGAAACUGUUGUGCAGUUUUGACACUAAUUGGUUAAAACAAAACAUACGCCAUGUUUUUGCCCUCUGGAUGCCCUCCUCCAGUAGCAGUCUUUUCCACUCCAACAUCAGCAACAACAAUGUAAAAUCUGCCAUAUAGUCUAACAAAACGAAACCAUCAUUAUUCUAUUUCCAACAUAGAACUGGAGUUACAUCCAGUAACGACUAUCUGUCGUUGUUUUGGUGCAUUCAGAGGUCAUGUUGAAGAUGAAGCUUCAUGGCAAUGGGAAAACAGCCUGGAUAUUUCUACAAGCUCUGGUGCCUCCAACUUUCAUGAUCCUACCACAAGUAAAACUCCUGUAGAACCCUAUUCAAGGGCAGUUUCUAGGGUCUAGAUUGGAUAGUUCUGAGAGACCCUAAGAAACUGCUGUGUGGGUCUUGAUGCUGAUUGGUUAAAACAACAUGGACCAUUUUUCUGCCCUCUUGAUGUUGAGUUUUCUAAUCGCCAACAUCAACACGGACAAAAUUAGCAAACAUCCAUUGCUCUAUUUCCUCCAGUAACCACUACUAUGUUGGUUGGAUCCCACACUAAAACAAAAACAUAAAGCCUGAAAAUGCGGAUUACGGGGAUUUUCUUGCAAAUGUUUGUCCGACCUCACACCUGCUAAAAGUUACUGUAGUACAAAGCCGCCUAAUAAGAGAGUUACCCUAUCUUUGUCCCAAUGGAAAAAAAGUUAAACUGCAACCAGAUUGGACAAUUUUUGCAAUAAUGUGCACCGACACACAAUGUGAUGUUCAGCAACCCUCAGUCUUCUUUCAAUAGAAAAUCAAGGCAAAGUUUGGCGCAUUGUUGAAGUUGGACUCAGGUCAACUUUAACAGCAAUCCAUUAUUCAGCUCCCCUUCCAGUGCACUUCAAAACCAUAAAGCGUGCAUUCUUAAACCACACAGAAACAGCAUGCACUUCAGCUGGAUAGUCCGACUGCAGCUUAACUGUUCCAGUCCCGUGCUGAUUAUUCUCCAGUAGGCCCGCCUCACCCCCACUGGGCCGACCACAGGCUUUACUCUACGAGAGAUUUACCUUCAGACAGGCGAACUCGAAUCAACCCUGACCCCGUAGAUGAUUUAACCGUUAAUCUAGGUGGUCAAUACCAGUGUUGCUGAACCCAGUUCUCUGCAGCUCAGAAACCUUUUCUACAGAUUCAUGGAGCUUCCCAGGAGACAGACUGAGGACACACUGGUCCACACGCAAAGAAGCGAUUGUUUAUGUUCAUCUGCCAUCUGAUACAGUAUCUCCACAUUGUAAUCUUGUAUAUAAACACGCAGUAUGUGCGCACGUGCAUGGGUUGCAUGCCCGCACAUGCAAGCACACAGUGCCUGCCGACAAACUGUUUUGGGCCUGAAAAAAUCUUUUAAAAGGGGAAUGGGUUUAAUAUUCAGAUGUGCAGGAAGUUUUGAUAAUUGCAGUGCUUCCUCAGGCAUGAGAUUACUCAAUUAGAGAUGGAGUUGACUGAUAUUUAACACCAUUUAGGGUUAUAGGGACAAAAGGACGGCACGGUGGUGUGGACCCAUUACCUGACGCAAUUUACAUCCAAGAGAUAGGAGCUGUGCAGCAUCAAAGGCGGUCACAUCUGAGGGAAUCCGAAAAGUUUGACAAUUUUUCUGCACAAUGAGCUGAUAGAAUCUUUUAUAAAGGAGCUUUUUUUUUUGAGGAAAUUGUAGCUUAAAAGUCAAUAAGAAGGAAGCAAUUUUGUGUGUGUGUGUUGUGGCAGUGUGUGAGUCAGCAGAUUGAAGGUCUUAUCUUUGUCCUUGAUGUCUGAACUGGAGUUGAGCUGCAGUUACUUGAACUGUAUCAGAUGAUUACUCACAGAGGUUUCGUUUUUGGGUUUGCGUUUUUAACCCUUUGGCCAAAAUACAACAAAAUCGAUGAAGAUUUCUUAAUGCAUCUCUGAGACAUUGAUUCCUUGUAGAAAUAUAUAAAAUAAUCCGGAAAGAAAAGCAAGCAAUUCUACUGUUAUUGAACAAAGCGUUUUCUCUAAUCGCUGUUUACUUAUCGCGAAUUGUACUAAGGAUUGUGGACUAAAACUCUGGUCACAUCUUUGCACUGCAGUUUAAAUGUCUUAAGCGUAUUUGACUGAAGCUGUUUCUGGUCUGUUUGGUGGUUUUAAGGCUGGAAAUGAUCCGCUGUGCGUCUGUUUGUCUGAGUCUGUCUCUUGGUGCGAGCUCCAGGUCUGGUCUCUUUAAGCACUUCCAUUCUAGUCAUCUCCACCUUAAAGAAAGUAGCACAAUGAAACUAACUAGAAUUCAGGUAGAGAAGAAUUAAAAAACCUUGUACUAGCUUGACCUCUCUUCUUUUUUGUAUUUCCAAGUUAAAGAAUGAUGAUAACCUAAAUAAUCAUUUAUUGCAAGAGGGUUUGUAAAGAAUCCUUUGGAUUGAGACGUUUUUACUGCUGUAUAGCGAUAUCUGACACACCUUACCUCAGGAGGUUUGGAUCUCUGCUGCAGAGUGAGGAUCUCCUGGGUUUUUUUUGAGCCAGUAUUCAGACAAUGUAAGCACAAUGAACACAAAGCAUUUUGUGGCACUUCAUAAUAAAGAAUAAUCUUAACCAAC